AUGUCUGAGAUCAAGCAGGAGGCGCAGGUAAAGCUCGCCGAGUCGACGCAGUCCCUCCCGCCGAGCACGGCAGCGCAGCAGAGCGACAAUGUUGCCCACGCUCUGGCCGGUGCGGGCGGAGGCCUGCUGUCCAUGGCGCUGACGUACCCCCUCAUCACCCUCUCCACACGCGCCCAGGUCGAGUCGAAGCGCGCCCAGUCGUCGACGCUGGGAGCUGCGCGCCGCAUCAUCAAGCGCGAGGGCAUCACGGGGCUGUACGCAGGCCUGGACUCUGCGCUGUUCGGCAUCACCGUCACCAACUUCGUCUACUACUACUGGUAUGAAUGGACCCGCGCUUUCUUCGAAAACGCCGCACUCAAGGCCGGUCGCGCCUCCAAGAAGCUCACCACCAUCGAGUCCAUGAUCGCCGGCGCCAUCGCGGGUUCAGCCACGGUCCUCCUGACCAACCCCAUCUGGGUCGUCAACACGCGCAUGACCACGCGCAAGUCCGAGUCGGACGAGCAGCUGCUCCCCGGCUCCACGCCCGCCAGAGCCCCCUCCACCCUCGCCACGCUGCUGGCUCUGAUCCGCGAGGAAGGCCCGCUGCGCCUCUUCGCCGGCGUUGCCCCUGCGCUGGUGCUGGUCAUCAACCCCAUCCUGCAGUACACCGUCUUCGAGCAGAUGAAGAACGCGCUCGAGAAGAAGAGGCGUGUCAUGCCCAAGGACGCCUUCUUCCUGGGCGCCCUGGGCAAGCUGCUUGCGACGAGCAUCACGUACCCCUACAUCACCGUGAAGAGCAGGAUGCACGUUGCGGGCAAGGACGGACCCAGGGAGAGCAUGUUGACCACCUUCAAGAGGAUCAUCAACGAGGAGGGCUACAGCGGACUGUACGGAGGCAUUGGCCCCAAGGUCACCCAGAGCGUCAUCACUGCUGCGUUCCUGUUCGCCUUCAAGGACGUGCUCUACGCCUACACCGUCCAGGCACGCAAGAAGCUGGCCAGCAAGUAA